CUGAAUUGAAAACUUUGGAGAUAGACCCAGUGCGAGAUGGCCACACGCAUUCCUCCUCCAAAACGGCAAAAGAUAUAUUUUAAACAUGACAAGAAUAGGCCGCCCACCCCACCCCCUGCUGAACCUGCUCCUAACGUUAUAGUCCAGUUCUUGUCUGAACAAAGCGGAGAGACACCAAUAGGCGAUGUCAUUAACGUCCCCUCAGACUUUUCCAGAGAUGCGCUAGAGCUGCUCGCAAAUAAGCAAGCCAAUGAAGAAGACGACCCGAUCCCAUACCAAUUCCAUGUUCGCCUUCCCGAUUCCGCUAUGGAUCCCAACAAUGCAGGCGCUCCAACACAGCUAGUCAUAACACACUCAAUAUUCGAAGAUAUUCUUUCGCAUCCUAAAAAAUAUUUUAGCUCAGAAGAUAUUAUCAAAGUGUAUUGCACCCCUCAAGCCGUCUUUCGUGUUCGUCCGGCCACACGGUGCUCUUCAACGCUUUCAGGUCAUGGUGCCGCCAUUCUGUGCGCAUCCUUCUCUCCCACAGGAAAGCUACUAGCUACUGGCUCCGGUGAUAAUAAUGUGCGACUCUGGGAUUUGGACACUGAAUUGCCCAGCCACACUUUGUCUGGACACCGAGGAUGGGUAUUAUGUGUUGAGUGGGAGGCUCGAGGGAGGAAGUUGGCUUCAGGAGGGUACGAUUCGGAGGUACGACUAUGGAAUCCCAAUACCGGGAAGCCUCUAGGGAAUGCACUCAAGGGCCAUACCAAAUGGGUCACAUCCUUGGCCUGGGAGCCUAUUCAUAUCAACCCGACGAACCCCCGACUCGCCUCAUCUUCAAAAGAUGCCACCGUCAGGGUAUGGAACACUGCAAACAGAACGCUUCAUUAUACCUUGGGUGGCCACACAGCGAGCGUGAAUGUUGUGCGAUGGGGUGGCGCAGGUCAGGGCAAGAGUGGAGUUCUAUAUACGGCCAGCAGUGAUAGAACCGUAAGGAUUUGGGACGCCGAUGUGGGGAAGUUACUUUUCGUCUUGAAAGACCAUGCACAUUGGGUGACAACACUUACAUUAAAUACCGAUUUCGUUCUCCGGACCGGUCCUUACGAUCAUCUUGCUAAAGAACCAUCCUCUGAUGCCGAAGCCCAAGAGCUUGCCUUGAAGCGAUACAACGCCCUUGCCUCGACUACUUCGGAACUGCUCAUCUCUGGCUCUGAUGAUCACACACUCUUCUUCUGGUCUCCCUUCGGUCGCAACCAAACUGGAGAUAGUGUCAAGCCCAUAACGAGAUUAACAGGACAUCAAAGACAAGUAAAUCAUGUGGCAUUCAGUCCUGACGGCUGUUGGGCAGCCAGUGCAAGUUGGGAUUCAUCAAUUAGAAUGUGGGACGGCCGAACGGGGAAGUAUGUCGCGGCCCUGCGAGGACACGUCGCACCUGUUUACCGACUUGCGUGGUCAGCUGAUUCGCGGUUGCUUGUCAGCGCAAGCAAAGAUAGCACUGUCAAGAUUUGGAAUCUGAGAACAUACAAACUGCAUACUGACCUGCCUGGUCACACCGAUGAGGUGUAUUGCGUCGAUUUUGUCGCCGACAAAAUUGUUAGUGGAGGGCGUGAUAAGAAAGUGAAAAUAUGGAAGAACUGAGCGAGCAGAACGGUUGUUUCCUUCUGUGCGAGCGAUUCAUCAAGCAUUUUCCCUGGUUGCGUUACCAUUGUUAUAUGCGCGUGAACUUUAAUACAUGGAGGUGUUCUCUUC